UGAGGGGAAGCAGGUACUGGAGUGUGAGGGUAAGGGACAGAGGAGGGAGCCAGAAGAGCAGCGCUGAGCGAGGAGAACCCCGCCAGCGUCGAGAUGCGGUGCUCGUGGGCGGGGAAAAAGCCGAGCAUGCGCAGGACUUAAAUCGAAGUUCAGCCAGGCGGGACUUUGGGCUGUUGUGGGCGGGGUGAGAGUGGCAGAAACUGAGCAUGCGUAGAGGGUAACCGCUGGACAUUGACAUUGUGGGCGACGCCCACGCGAGUGCAGCCCCGCAGCGUCCUUGGGUUCCUUGGCGGAGGCUGGGGAUGAGGUUUCUGAGAAGGGCAGGGAGAGGGAUGAAGGCUGAAGCGCAGGGGCGGGAGCGGCCGGAGCCGGGACUGGGGCCUUUGCCGGAGGGAGAGAGGGGAGAACACGUUUUGGGGCAUCGGCAGCUUGGUGCCCCCCUCACCUCGUAGAGCGCCCCGGCUCCUGUGGUCUCACCGGGUAGAGGGGGAACCUCUGGAGGGCAGCCUCGGUUCCCCUUUUGUCUUUAUCUCCCGGCACCUGGUACACAGCAGGCGCUUAAUAAAUGCUUAUGGCUGCAGGGUUUGAGGGGCCUCCUGUUGGGCAGCAGGACAACAGUUUGCCCGGCAGGCGUCAGGGCCGGAGAUGAUCCAGGGCGAGGAGGAACAUUCCAGGGGUGGACAAGGCAAGGAAGGAGGACAUUGAGGGGAUGGAGAGACUGGCGGCUGCGGGGAGGCAGCAGGAGCCUCUCUGGGGGUCGCUGUCUCGGGCUUUUCUGUGGGAGCCCCAAACUCCGGCACCAGCUGAGCUCCUGCGUCAGAUGGCGCUUCCCCCUCGUCCGGCCUUGGAAUCUGGGUCCAGGGAGCCGGUGCUUGCAUCUUCCUGCUCCGAGGUGGGCAGAGGCUGCCAUCGGGUGCUUGGGAACGUGCCGUCCGUGGAAGCUUCGUUCGUGAUGUUUUAACAGUAAAACCUCGUGGGUUCGUGGGGUUCCCACCGGACCACGUGAACGCCCCAUGUUUCCAGCGUCUUAGGUGUAAACGCCUUUAGUGCAAGACGCCGGGUUCCAACAGGAGUAUAGUAUGUGGGGCUCUGAGUUCGGCUCGGACUCCAUCUCACUGAAAACUGUCAGAUGUGGUCCUGGAGGGGAUCCGGGAGAACUGGUCGCAAACGCCUGUUAAGGGCCUUCUGUGUGCCGGGCACUGUGCUUAGGUCUGGGCUCAGGGAUAACAAUAAAGCCUUUGCGCUUGGGUGUGAGUGGGGAGACAGCACGCAAACACCGAUGUGCAAAUCAGACAUAGGACGAAUUGAGGAGAAUCUAGAGAGGGGCAGAUCUGUCAUUGGGAAGGGCAAGUGUCCAGAUUUCCAAAAAGGGAAGAUGGGAUUUGUACCUGAUAGGAUGAUGAGACUCCAUUAGAUUCAUAGCAAAUGACGGAUUUCCCAGAUUUUCGCCAGGCAUUUGACACAAUCGUGUUCUUCUUGUAGUAGAGAGGAGGGGGCAGGAGAGGAAUGAGGCAAGUUGGGUGUAACUGGGGCCAGUGACUUCCCAACUUCUAACCAUUCCUCACUGGGUUGUGGUUCUGCCCCAGGAAGCAGCUGAAACUGGUUUUUGGUUUUUUCUCCUUUGUACCCUCCUAUCCAGCACAGGGUCUAGCACAUACUAAGUCCUAAAUAAAGACUUGCUCAUGGAUGGCUGGCUUUGUGCUAUCUAACAUUUAAUUGUUACUUUGAGGGAGGCAUGGAUGGCCUGUGAUCCAGUCCUCGGUUGUGAAGAAGCCGAUUUCUGGCCCUGGGCUUUGUCUCCUGGAAGCUGCUCUGUCCAUUGUCCUGAAUGUGGAACUUCAGGCAGCUGUUGUCCAUUGCUCCAUCUCUGCUCCUGGGUGGAGAGGGCGUCUCCUUUGCUCCACUGUACCCUUCUCCGUAACAAGGUGGAGAAUUGUACUUGGCUUCACUUUGUGAGCACACUGCUUCCCCACAAGUGGAGCAAAGAGAGGAAGGAAUAGCUCCUGUGCUCCUGGCUACCGGCUUCAAGCUUGCCCUUGUUGAGAGCCCGCCUUCCCCAGGACAGAAGCACAGAGCAAGAAUGACUUCUGGGCUUCUGGCAGCCAGGCCCCAGCCUCCGGUGACCUUCAGGGACGUGGCUGUGGACUUCUCGUGGCAGGAGUGGAGGCGCCUGAGCCCGGCCCAGAGGGCCCUGCACAGGGACGUGAUGCUGGAGACCUACGAGAACCUGGUGUCCGUGGGAGCCGGGCUCGUAGUGUCCAAACCCGAUGUGAUCUCCCUGUUGGAGAGAGGAGCGGCUCCGUAUAAGCCGAAGGGGAAAGUCCCAAGAGGCACCCGGCCAGACUUCGGUAAAUGUCAAAGAACACGUGACAGAGAGAUGGUGUAUGAUUGCAAUGAAUGUGGAAAAACCUUUAUCAAAAGGUCAACACUUAUUGAGCAUCAGAGAAUUCACACUGGAGCCAAACCCUACGAAUGUACUUCAUGUGGAAAAGCCUUCACUUGGUGGCGACAUUUUCUGGAACAUCAGAGGACUCAUACUGGAGUGAAACCAUUUGAAUGUGAUGACUGUGGGAAAACUUUCAGUCGGAGGGGAACCCUUCUUAGCCAUCAGAGUAACCACACUGGAGUCAAACCCUUUGAGUGUCAAGAGUGUGGAAAAGUCUUCAGUCAGAAGGGGCUGCUUGUUAACCACCAGAGAACUCACACAGGAGUGAAACCCUUUGAGUGUCAAGAGUGUGGGAAAGCCUUUUGUCAGAAGGGAAACCUGAUGAGCCAUCAAAGGACUCAUACUGGGAUGAAACCCUUUGAAUGCAGAGAGUGUGGGAAAGCCUUCAGUGAGAGGGGCACGCUUAUUAGACACCUGAGAAUUCAUUCUGGAGUGAAGCCUUUUGAAUGUGAUGACUGUGGGAAAGCCUUCAGUGAAAAGGGCACCCUCAUGAGCCAUCAGAGAAUUCAUUCUGGAGUGAAACCCUAUGCAUGUAAUGAAUGUGGGAAAGCCUUCAGUCGCAGAGGAACCCUUGUUAGCCAUCAGAUGACUCAUAUUGGGAUGAAACCCUUUGAAUGUAAUGAAUGUGGGAAAGCCUUUGGCUGGAAAGGCCAUCUUAUUAAUCAUCAGCGAAUUCAUACUGGAAUGCAGCCGUUUGAAUGUAGUGAAUGUGGGAAAGCCUUCAGUCAGAAGGGACUUCUGAUUAGCCACCAGAGAACCCAUACUGGAGCGAAGCCCUUUGAAUGUACUGAGUGUGGGAAAGCCUUCAGCCAGAAGGGAAACCUCGUUAGACAUCAGAGAACUCAUAUUGGAGUGAAGCGCUUUCGGUGUCAUACGUGUGGGGAAGUCUUUGGUCAGAAAGGACACUUGAUUAGACAUCAGAGAACUCAUGCUGGAGUGAAGCCCUUUGAGGGUCAUGAUUGGGGAAGCUAUUGCUUGAAAAAGAAAACUUCCUGAAUAGAAAAGAGUUUAUAAUCAAAAGAAAACUUCUGCAAAUAGUGUAUAGGGCUAAUAAUCUAAAUGCUCAGGCAACAAUAAAGAAUCACUAGUUUUAAAACAAUUUCCAUCAUUUACAUUUUGAUAAAUAAAAAUAUUUAUAGUAACUUUUA